UCGAUAGCUUUCUUGUUGAUUGUUCAUCAUCAAAGGCUUAACAGCUGCUACUGCUUGGUGGUACAUUAUCACGUACGGUGACCAUCAAUGGGCGACGUGGCCACAACAAGAAACGCGCCGGCAGCGAGCACGGCGAACCGCCUCCUGCUGCUGCUCUCGCUGUCGCUGUCGCCGGCGAGCAAGGUGAUCGCCAAGCGCGGCAGCAAGCGGCUCGGAGCUGACGACGCGGGGGCGUUGCGGUGCCGCACCUGCGGCCGGAGCUUCUCCACGUUCCAGGCGCUCGGCGGCCACCGAACCAGCCACAGCCGGCCGAGGGUGCGCGCCGACGGCCUCGACCUCCUGCUCGGCACGCGCCCCGGCAAAGGCGGCGGCGCCGCGACGGACGCCCACCGGUGCAACGCGUGCGGCAUGGUGUUCCCCACCGGACAGGCGCUCGGCGGACACAUGCGCAGGCACAGGGCGGCGGCGGCGUUGGAUGUCGCCGCGCUGGGGACGACGAUACCGGUGUCGUCGGAACAAGGUGAUGACGAGAAUGAAGCGGGCCACUUGUCGAGUACCUUAAUCCAGUUCAUAUAAGUGAUUGACACAUAUAUAUCGGUGUCAUGCAGAAAAAGUUAGGUUUGGAGUGGUUGAUAUAUUAUAUACUGGCAGCAUGUUCAUUAGCGAUGAACGCGUAAACGCGUCAGUUUCAUUUAUUUUUGUAUUUGUUGUUGCAAAGACGACCAUUAUUAUAUUGAUAAUUAACUGGUCAAUGAAACGAUCAAAAUUUCAAGUUACUAA